CUGUCGUCCACGCCGGCGGCGGCGCCUCAUGAUGUCAUCCAAGGGCACUUCAGUUGCCUUCAGGUGCCUGGUGACAAGACUAGCGCCACAUCGUUUCGCUAUUUAUUUUUACGCCCCUGAGCCGCGAACAUGGAGUGGAAGAUGGUGGCGGCACUGCUGGCGGCCUACGGCCUGCUGAAGGAGACCCGCCCAUCGGAGACCUUCAUUACGUCGUUCCUAACUGGGCCCGACAAGAACUUCACUUCGGAACAGGUGAACCAGGAGAUCUACCCGGUCAGCACGUACUCCAUGCUCGCCCUGCUCGUGGUCAUCUUCCUCGUCACUGACUGGCUCCGCUACAAGCCCAUCAUCGUGCUGCAGAGCGUCAGUGCCGUCGCCACGUACAGCAUUAUCGCCUGGGGGCAGGGGGUGCCCCUCAUGCAGUUCAUGGAGGUGCUGUAUGGGCUAAUGUGGGCCGCAGACGUGGCGUACUUCACGUACAUGUACGCCAAGGUGGACCGCGCGCAUUACGGCACGGUGUCUGCCACAGCCAGGGUGGGCUACCUUCUGGGCCGCUUCAGUAGCGGCGUCCUGAGCCAGCUCGCCGUCAGCCUCAACUUCAUGUCCCUGCUGGGACUGCAGUUCGUGACCAUCGGAACGGCCGCCGUUUCCACCGUGUUCGCCCUGGCCCUGCCCACGGUGUCGACCAGCUUCUACUUCCACCGAAAGGCCACCACCGAGCCGCAGGCAGCCGAGCCGAAACCGUCGUUGGCGGCGGUGGUGCGCCUGCUCUGGGCGGACUUCAGGGACGCCUUCCGCCAGCGGGCCGUCAUCAAGUGGUCGGUCUGGUGGGCCCUGGCCGUCGGGGGGUACAUGAUGGUUGCCAGCUACUGCCAGAUUCUGUGGAAAGAUACGCUGGACGGGAACAAGAAAGAGGCGACUAUGUGGAACGGCGCUGUCGAGGCCGUCUACACACUGUUAGGCGCCGGGGCAGUGUGGCUGACCACCAGGAAGACGGACUACUCGGCGUGGGGGGACGCGCUGAUCGGCAUGUGGUCGCUGGCCUCAGGGGGCAUCAUGAUCUUGGCGGCGGUCAGUCGCAGCAUGGCGGUGCAGUACGCCGUGCACAUCGUGUUCGGCACCACGUACCACGCCGCCGUCACGGUAGCCAGCUCGGAGGUGGCGAAGAGGGUGCGCGAGGACGCCCACGCCCUGGUGUUCGGGUUCAACACCCUGGGCGCGUACGUGCUGCAGACGGUGCUCACCGUGGCCGUGGCCGGGGAGGGAGGCCUGGAGCUCAACAUUCGCGAGCAGUUCGUCGUCUACGGCUGCUACUUCCUGGUCAUCGGGGCUGCCUUCCUCGCCGUCGCGCUGUUCGGCUUGUUGUCCAGGUGUCGUGGCACUCGAAAAAUGGACGUGCCUGCCGUUUAGCUGUCGAACAUUCUCCAAAGAAGCCGCUCCGAGUCAAGAACUUCGUGCGAACUCUGGGCGCGCCACGUCCACGUCCCUACUCCCUCCACUCCGGCUCCCCGCCGCACGGGGUAUUGCCGGGACCCCUCUCCGCGUGGAGAACACUACUUAUGCGAUUGCUCCACGAUGUCUACCUCUACGUAUACAACGUGGAUUGCACACAAAUUGGUGGGAACAUCCUGCUGUUGUUAUUGUUGUUGUUUUUAUUAUUGUUAAGUUGUUGUUUUUAUGCUAGCGUGAGACAUUAAAUGUUUUGACUGGAAACGCGAAAAUAUUUUGAGAUGAUGAAGUUAUCCGUCUAGGCCGGGUUUCUGGUGAAGCCAUGGCUUCAUGGACCGAGCUAAAUUAUACAUACACUUUAUCUUU